GAUAUUUCAACUUCUUCUCUCUCGUUUAAACUUUAAACCAAAGUAUCGAAAGAAGCCACUCUGGCUGACGCAAACGCUUCUCUCCGACCGGCAUUGUCGAAUCCUCCGGCGACCAAUAAUCCGAUUGCAUUAUCAGGAGAUCUGUAAUUUUGAUCUGAUCCUUCACUUGGCGGUGAGAACAAUGGACGAUUAUACAAGAGAGAUGAUGGAUCUCAAGACCUUAGUCACUCGAACCCUAGAGAAGAAAGGUGUUCUCGCUAAGAUCCGGGCUGAGCUCCGUGCGAGUGUGUUUGAGGCAAUCGAAGAAGAGGAUAGAGUGAUAGAGAACAACGAAGGACUCCCUCCAGCUUUAUUGGGAAGCUGUAAUGAGCGUGCAAGGCAGCUUCAUGCUUCUCCUUCAGGCAGGUUGCUAUCUGCAUUGAUUUGUGAAUAUUUGGACUGGGCGCAACUCAAUCACACGCUCAAAGUUUAUCAACCAGAAUGCAAUUUGGCAAAAGAUUCUUGGAAGUCUGAGGUACGUGACUUUAGUAUCAACAAUGGUUAUGAGCUCAACAGAAAUGGAGAUAAUAGACCGCUUCUUCUAGAUGUUCUUGAAGGAUUCUUGAAGUUCGAGGACAUGACGCAGGUCAUGGGUGGUAGUUCAUGGAGAGAGUCAGAAACGGAGUCGUCAUCAAGCCUUGACACCAGAAAUCCUCCUCGCAGAUCAUCUGCUUCUGAUAGCUUACCUCCUCAACGACGGCCGGUUUCUGCAUCUCAAUCAUCGGGAGCCGCUACCUCAGGGUACAGAAAAGACGAAAACAAUUGGAGAUAUGACACUGAAGAUAUGCCGGAAGAAGUAAUGAGAGCUUCAACAGCACUGGAAAAUCUUCAGCUCGACAGGAAAACUCGGAACCUAACAUCGUCUUGGAGGAAUGUGAAGGAUGGAACAAGUGAAGAAGAAGGGAAAGAUUGAUAUGGAUUUCGAUAAAAUCCAGGCUGUGAAUUAGUAGUACGUUGAUAUACAUAUAUGUGUGUGUGUGCGCUUCUUUGUUUAUGUAUGGUUUUAAAUGUUGCAACUGGUUUCUUUAGCUUUUUGUUUGUUGUGUUUAAUCUCGUAAAAGAAAUUGUUUGAGAAAGCGAUUGGAAGUAAGAUUCUGGAUGGAUAUAAUUACAACCAAAUGCUAUUGUCCUCUAAGAAAA